UAUAGUUACAAUUAACUUUUGCGCAUCAAGUUGCGAGUUUGGUCUGCUCAACAUCCGAGCCGUUUUCCGGCCGAGCGUUCUUUAUUGUAGGCGCCGGUCUAUUCCGAUAGGGCCGCUUCACGGCCCGGGGUUAAAAAACCCAACGAAGGGAGUUACAGACUGUGAUUUUUGUUUGAAACGCGUUGUGCAAGGUGCAUGCACCUUAGAUACAGACUGCAGGUACGAUACAAUAGUCGACACUAUAGAGUGGAAUGCCUUUCGCGUCAGGCGCUCACGGGUUUAAAGGGCCGCGAUAGAUUUUUUUUCUUUCGAAAUUGCAUAAAUUCGUAUUAUGUGGCAUUGAAAGUUGACAAUUAUGUAUGUUAGUGUCGCGCUGUGCCUGGGUGUGCUAAGCAUCCUUCUUCGGCAGAUACUGUCGAAUCCUAUUCCUACCCCGCAGAACAAAACUACUUUCGUAUACAGACCAAAAUUUCGACCUUCGAGUCUACAAUACGAGUCCCUAGAAACGACAACGCAUCAGACGGAAACUGUCCAUCAGAUUAAAGCGGUCGAAGAGAAAAUAGAACAAACGAGAAACGCCUAUUCGAAAAGUCUCCCAAAUUACGAGGAAUCGAAAGACAAUGUUAUGACUUUGGAUGAGCUUAAGCAAAGAUGUCAGCAUUUCUCGAAGUUGUUUGAACCUACAAAGGAAAGCGAUUCCAUAAUUCCGUAUAACAGUGAGACCGCGCCUGGAAGAAUUAUUGGGUCGACUACCUUAAGACCUGUUUACAUUAGAAACAAACCAACGUUUAUUCAGAAAACGAAUGGAUUUUAUGUUACUGUACAACCCAUAGGUAUGAAAAACGGAGUUCACGCUUCAGAUUUCAACGCCUUCGCCAACUAUAAAUACCAGAGAAGCACGGAAAAACCGUACCCGGAGGUUCAUUCGACCCCAAAAUUGCAACCCGUCACACGGUCAAGUCCGACCACUCCUCCCACCAUAAGCACUACAGCGGACGGUAUGGCUGCCACUCCACCAAAAAUCAAAAUAAAAUACACCAGAUUGGAACCUGUUAUUUUACAAAAAACUAUUUUGACAGACGGACGGAUUUUGUAUCACUGGCACAAAGCGUUGCCCACGGCAGCAUUUGACGUACCAGUCCAAGAAACAGGGACACCAAUCCAACCGGAACCGGCGCCCUACGAAUUUCCGUCGUUUGUCGCGCAUAAGCCUUCACAUGAAACGGCGACAGAACGAAGCACCACCAGUACCACUACGUCAAAAUCAAGUUGGUACCUGGUACCAUUUGGAAAUUUAUUUGGAAGUUCUUCCGAAGAUGAAACGACUACUGAGCAGCCAAGAACUCCUUCGACAAUUAUAAAUUCAGCGUCUAGCAGUUCUCCGACUAGUACAACAGCCGCUAGUACGCCAAGUACUUCGCCAGUAUCCGAAAGUAUUACCAGCACCGAUGAAGUACAGCUCGAGCACCAAUUGAAGUUUGUCGUGCCGGUCCAUUACGACGAUAUAGAUCAUGAAUUGAAUCCGCAAAGUAAACUUUGGAAUUUUAACCGGUUCGCUUAUUACCCAAAGGACUUACAACCAGCAAAUGUUAUGCCGCAACCAUCUUUUCCUCUAAUCAAGUCGCUGGUGGUACCUAAAUAUAGCUUGGGCUAUACGAAUGGCGGAUAUGGCUUGUAUGGGGCGGGGUACAAUAAUUACCAAGGAUAUACUCCUAGCGAGAAAAGUCUAGACAACGUUAGUAUGUAAAUUUUAAUUUCACAUUUUUUUCAUUAUAUUCAUGAAUCAUAAGCAAUGGGCUAUAUAGGUAAAUAUGUUCUGCGCUACCUUUAUUAACAUACGAUAAUUAAUACUUAAUGAAAUUGUAUGAUCUACCUCGAAAAAGACUGAAAUUAAUAAUACAUAUUAUUUUAGUUUAGUUGUUACAACUGUAUAUUACAAAACAAAAUAUUUUAUUGGGCUGGAAUGGUGCAAUUACAACUUUUAUACCUUAUUAUUAUCUUCAAUAAACGCUUGUGAAAAAUUAUAUUAUUUUUUUUUGUUAGGUGCAGCAUAAUGGAGACAUUUAGAGGAAAAGUGGUAUAAAUUUUUUAUUGAUGAGUUUUGGUGAACCGCUCAAUUAGGCCUACUUCGGACUAAGAACAAGAUAAAGGAAUGUCAAUAAUUGUUGCACAGGCUUCAUUAACACAAGUCUUUUCUUUUUUUGACAAUUUUCUUAACCUUUUUUUGGGCAGAAUCAAUUUCACAAUUCCUAUUAUACAAUCUGGUCUAUCCUUAUCAGCAUUCGAGUUGUGUCCAAUUUUCUGCUUAUAACACAGCAGUUGACGUUACCAUCUGGAUUGAACCCAGAAUAUUGAAAGACACUAGUAAAAUUCGAUAAACAAGUAAAUACAAUUUGUUGACCUUAGGUUAAGAUAGUUGAGUAUGGAGGGGUUAAGUAGUUCGAUAAUGUCAUAUGUUAGAAAGGUAAAGCUGGUUAUCAGUUAUUUUUAGUUUCAAGGUUGACACGUCAUGUACAAACCUGACAAGUUUCAAAUAUCAUCAGAUUUUAUGUACGUAAAAAUAGACAAAUGCUGAAAUUAUAUACUAUUUUAUUUAGUAUAUAGUAUAAUAGUUUCUACCGAUUUUUGAAAGUUAUUCAGAUUUGCACUCAUAACAAAGCCUACAAUUUAAACCGCAUUCAAAACAAUGCUCCUCUCGAGAUAUUUUUAAAAAGCUCACUUGCGAGCCAAAUUUCUGACCAAUCUUGUUAAUAUCGCGAUUUGUCCGAUUGUUUUCAGCCGUUUGCAAGCUUUAUAUGUACUCAGCAAACUAUUCACUCAAGAAUUCAUUUAUUUUUUGUUAAAAUCACAAUCUUAUUAUUAAAAUCAAUAAAACCAAACCAA